AUUCGCUAAAUCUGAAACCCACGUAAAGUUAUUUGUAGUGCCUGACAUACCCAACACGUGACAAUAUAUAAUAUUACUGAGGGUGGUGGGGUUGUAUUACAGUUAAGCCAGAGAGAAAAUCUGCCAUGGACUCAGGAAACUUUCAGAGUUAUAAUUGACAGAUUUGAAGAGGAAUAGUUCAUCUGUCAUGUUUAUAUUCUGUGACGUGAAUUUGAGCUAUCCGGCAUAUGUAUUUGUACCAUCACAUUGCAAUUCAUCGUAGCUAUACUUUGCUUUGAAAAAUGAAGUCAGUUUUAAUACACAUACAUACAUAUAUUUCACAAGUCAAAAAUACAAUGGACAUGAAACUGGUCACAAGCAUAACAAAGAAACAAAACAGAAAGACAAUACAAAGCUAAACAAAUGCUGUAACUAAUUAUUUACUGGAUGCUCCAAAAGUUCAUUAAUAUCCUGUUGUGGUUGUGUUGGAGUGUACGUACAUUAAAAUAAGUGAUAUUUUUAUAGGUAAAGUUAUCCCUGUGAGGAACUAAUUAAGCACUAUACCCUGAAGGCAUAUGGGGAAGUAGAUGUCUGGAUUCACGUUUCCUUGACAUUCACACCGGAGGAAAACAGUGGAAGUGCGCUAUUAUUGUUUAUAAACAUGUUAUAUGGAACUAAGGUUGAAUGGAUUUUAUAUAGAAAGUGUGAGAAACACUAUUUGCCCUGCGUAUUUCAUAACACUUAAAGUAGCUAGACCAAAACUCUCCGAUUGAAUGGGUAGAUGAGCAGUAAUUUGGAGAGGAUUAGCAAGGAAGCAGUAGUCGCCCAAAUGAGGUACAAUCCCAGAAUUUGCCUGGAGAGACAGAAAGAAAAACAGAAACCAUGGCAGGAUAUCUGAUUCCUUAGUUAAGAUUUGAGUUUACAACCUCAGACCACAGGUUAUGAGCAUUACCGCUAUGUCAGUCCAUUUAGUUCCUGUAUGGAAAUAUCUGUAUUUAAGCAACAUGCUUCCAGAAAAUAAAAUAACUGUAAUAAUCAUAAUAGGAACUGGAUUAGCUCAGUUGGUAUAGCAACUGGGCUAUGGGCUGGAUGGCUGUGGAGUUGGGGUUUGGUUCCUGGCAUGUCCAGACCGGCUCUGAGGCCACCCAUCAUCCUAUGCAAUGGGUAUCUGGUGGUAAAGCAACCGGGGCAUGAAGCUGACCACUCACUUCCAUUUAAAGCCAAGGUUAAGAGUGGUGGGGCUAUAAUUCCACUCCCCCAUAUGUCUUCAUGGUGUGGUCCUUAAUUAGUCAAAAGCCCAGGCAUAGCUUUCAUUGCCUUUUAAUAAUCAAGACAGAUUGUAGGAUAAUAAAUCUGUGCAAUAUAAUAAGUGCUCAGUCUUCUUAAUUUUUUUUAUUAACGAGCGUGAAAUUUAAAGGAAAACUGAUUAGGAUUUCAGUGUGCAGUACAGCAGAUUGUCUUGCACAUUCUGUCCUUAAGAUGGAGAGGAAUUAAACAUUUAAUUUCAUUUAUAUUUUUGCACAUAACCAUGUAAAGCUGCUGACACAAAGAAGUUCAGAAGAGAGAGUGGCUAUGAAGGGGAUCGACUUGAAAAAACAUGCACAAAGCACCGUACGAAAAGAAGUGUGCUUACACAGGGUGUUAACACAUCCUAACAUUGAGCAGUUUUAUGGAAAUCGCCGUGAAGGAAACUUUGAGUACAUAUUCCUUGAGUUUCUAUCAGGAGGAGACCUCUUUGACAGCACAGGUGGUGAGUAUUCUUCACAAUCAGCAAUUAAAAGAUUGUUAUUAUCACAUGCUAUGUGAGAAUUCAUAGGUUAACCAUUCACUGCGCAGCUUUGCAUAUCUGCAAAGCAAAGUUUGAACUGAAUUUCCUGAGUUCUCCUUGAGAAUUUUAAUAUUGCAGACUACUUUACACAUUAGCUAAGCCCCUCGUUUAAAGUGGUAAGCAGGAAUUUCCCACCAGUCGGCGUUACUAUCGACAACAGCUGGUUUGUGGGUUGCUGUGAGAAGGAUUCUCAGUUUGGCGCAUAGUGCCGUCUUGUGAAGGUUAUUUGUUGUGGUUAAAAUCAGCAUUUUGCAAUAUAAAAAAUUAUAUUCGUUAUUUAGUGAGUGCAGCAUCGUAUAACAUAUAGUUCUACAGAAUAAAAUGUAAGUAAUACACAUUUUCUUUUGUUUUGCACAUGUGCAAUAGUGCGCAGUAUUGCUGCUUGACCAUUCGCAUUGUAUAGUAAUACUGAAUACGUGUUUCUCAAUUCUUUCAGUUUCUUGUGUUGGUAAUGAUAAAAAUUUCCCGUGAUGGAUUCAUUUGAAUAUUGGGACAAAGGACAACGUAAAGUAAUGACAUCUAAUGAGUUAAUGGCGCUGGAACGUCCAUCUGAUAGUGAAGAUGGGUUGGACUUUGACGAUUGAGAUGCAGACCCUACAGUAAAUUGCAAGGACCUGGAAUCGUCAGAUAGUGAAAGUGAGCUUGAAACUGCUGCACAAACAGUGAAUUCAUAUACAAAAGACUCAUCUGUGGCUGCAGCUCCCACUUCGGACAAAUGACGAAUUGGUUCACAAAAAAAAAUAUUUUGUGGAAAAAACCUAGUGCUCCUUUUUCUGGUGACCUAUUCCCAUUCGAAGGAAAUACAAAAUUGCCCCAAUCAAUUUUAGAGCUAUCAACACCAUAACAAUUUUUCAGAUAUUUUUUUACUGACGAAAUAAGCAAAAUUGUAGAUGAAACUAAUCUAUACAGCAUCCACCAAAACCCAAACAAGCCAACUGACUUCACCAGCUAUGACAUUUAUAAAUUUAUUGGCAUAUGUAUUGUAAACUCUUUGGCUCCACCUGCUUGUGUCCGUGAACUUUGGAAUGACAUUACUGGAACUGAAUUAGUAAAACAGAUUGUCUGACAGGAACUUUGAGAAAUUGCACAGAAGUUUGCAUUUCAAUGAUAAUUCCAAGCAACCAGACGCUCAAAAUCCUGCUCAUGAUAAACUGUAUAAAAGUAGACCUAUACUGGACUAUAUGAACCAGAAAUGUUUGUCAGUGCGUAUGACCGAACGCCUGUCCAUUGACGAGCAGAUGUGUGCCACUAAGACAAGGCACCAUAUGAAAAUGUACAUGAAGGAUAAACCCCAUAAACGGGGGUUUUUGUUAACUUUUUGUUAUGUGGGGAAAUGGGAUUUACUCAUAAAAUCGAGAUUUACAGCGGGCAAGAAAAUGACCCGAAAUUUGACUUGUUAGUGAACCUGAUAUUGGAGCCAGUGAGAACGUUGUGAUUCGUCUGUCAAGAAAAAUACCAAGAGACAAAAACUACAAGAUAUAUUUCGACAGAUUUUAUACAUCUGUACUUUUAGCUGUGUAUCUAUUCAAGCAAGGUAUUCAGUGUGUGGGCAUAAUUCAGUGGAACAGAAUUCCAGCUUGCAAAUUUCAAGAUGAAAAAGACCUCAAUACCACGUGGUUAUUCUGAAGAAUAUAUCACAAGCGUUGAGUCAGUGGGCACUUCCACUGUUUUGUAUAAAUAUAACAGCAAUGUGUGUUUUCUUUUGAAAUGCCUAAAACGGAAGUCCUAACAGAAAGAAGGAGCACACAUUAGUCCAGCAGUUGUUACAGUUUAUAAUUCCCAUAUGGGAAAUGUUGAUUUACUAGACAGCAAUAUUGGAAGACAUCGCAAAAAAAUGAGAUCAAAGCGAUGGUAUCUGCGUCUGUUUUUCAUUUCUUUGACACCAUUGUUAUUAAUUCCUGGAUACUGUACCGAAGGAUGCUGAUUGAAACAGAUAGGCCAAUGAAUCAGAAGUAGUUCAGAUUGAUUUGGCCCUAACUCUAUGCCAGACUGGCAGACGAAGCAAAUCAGACCCAAUACAGAGUAAGAUCAGAUCCCUUCAAUCACUGGCCUGUAUGGAAUGAGAACAACAUGCAAACAUCCUAAAUGCAAAGGAUAUAAAUUUGUGAGAAAUGCCAAGGGAACUUCUGUCUGAAUAAAGACAAAACCUGUUUCCGUCUGUUUCAUAAUGCAUAAACUCACUAGUACUCAUUCAAACAGCACUUCAGUAAAUAUUCCAUUAUUUUUAAAUGACUUUGUUAAUUUUACUUCAGAAAAUAUAGUUUCAUUUCUUUCAAUUUAUGUUGUAUUAAUGAAAAUAACUUGUACGCGCAGUUUUGCAUUCAUGAAAAAUGACCAAAACUUUUUUUAAAAAAACUACAAGAUAUAUUUUUUCAUUAUUCUUACAAUAUUCCUUCAUCAAUACUGCAUACAUAAGCAAUUCUUAAGAGUUCAGUAAAAAAUAGUGUAGGGUACGAAAACAAGUGUGCAUUCAUAGGGUAUUAAAACAUCCUAAUAUUGUGCAGUUUUAUGGAAAUCGACGUGAAUGAAACUUGGAGUAAUCUUCCUUGAGUUUUUAUCAGAGGGGUGUAUAUAUAGGUUGUUAAAACAUCCUAUGAAUGUGCAGUUUUAUGGAAAUCGCCGUUAAGGAAACUUUGAGUAAUCUUCCUCGAGUUUCUAUAAGAAGGGUGCAUACAUAGGGUGUUAGAACAUCAUAACAUUGUGCAGUUUUAUUGAAAUCGCUGUGAAGGAAACUUGGAGUAAUCUUCGUUGAGUUUCUGUCAGGAAGGUGUAUACAUAUUUAAUAUUUUUAAUGCUUGCACACAGAUCAUGGACGUCUGCUAUUGGUUAUGUAUUGCCUGAUAACCUAUAAAGGGCGAAACAUGUCUCAAUAAGAACUGCACAAAUAAACAAAUGUUGAUAUGGUAGUAUAUAUUUUGUCUUAUUGAGCAUUAUUAUUACUACUGUUGUUGCCUUGACUGCCCCAUUUGAAAGUACGUUAAGAGACACAACAGGAUGAAUACUUUGAAAAUGUUCUUAGCAGUCUUGAUGGAGAAACUGAAAUUUGUGUACAUCCCAAUCUGCAAAAUUUCCAUUGGAGUUUCAAGUAACAUCUACUAUAUUUCUGUUUAUUUUCCACUUGGGUCUACUCUCAGGGCGGCACAUACAUCAUAAAGGACUUCAUUGUUUUGUUGCUGAACGUGCUUGAAAUUAGCAGGAGGCACAUAUGGAUAGUUUGCGGGCUAUAUGCUGCACGGCCGGGGUUCCUUUCACAACAUCCGGACUAGCACUGGGGCCGAUUCAGCCUCCUAUCCAAUGGCUACGGGGUAAAGCAGUCAAGUUUCCUUCCAUGAUUUGCAGACUCGGUAACAUGUGGAGAACAAUGAAGAGUGAAGAAAAAUAUAUGUAUAUUCAUGAGGUUCGCGAGGUACAAAAAUAUCCUGUUAAGUGAUUUGCCUCAAUAUUCUCUAAGUCUCAUCAUGUGUAAUAUAAAGCUUUUGUCCUGUUACAUUCCUCUGCUUUCUCCUGCAUUCCUUUCCAGUCCUGCACGAUGUUGAAUGAUGCAUCAAGACUGACUUUUAACGCCAUCUCCAAUGAAGAAUGGACACAGUCGUGAGCCAUUUCCUUUCUAUGCUGUAUCAUACUUAACAUAACCACAUCAAAAUGUCAGACCGCAGAUAACAGACACGAUACACUGAGACAAAAAGACUUUCCGGUCCUUUGCCACGAAUUAUAUAACUUACACUAAAGCACUGUGUCAAUGCUUGACAAUUCAUUUCUAAUUGAACCCAAGUUUCAUUGUUACAACGCCUGCAAAACUUUCUUUCUUUCUUUAGAGAGAAAGGAUCAGACAUUGAAUUUCCCAUAGAUAGCCCAAACUAUGCAAGACACAAUAGCUUAGGACUGUGCAAGAAGUUGGGUAAACCACAUAAUGAGGAGCUUCAUAACUUGUACUUGUCCUCAAGCAUAAUUAUCGUGUUCAAGCCAAGGAGGUGUAACUGUCCAGUUUAUGUGAUGGUCAAUUGAUGUUUUGUGUAUGGUUAGGGUUCUGUGAAAUUCCUCACUUUCUUCUCACAGUUUUAGAUUCCCCCCCUGAGACUGCAGCAAGUGGCUUGGGUCAAGCUAGAAGCCAGCUGCCCAUCCGUAAAUCAGUCAAGUUAAUGCUUAACACAAGACCGAGUUCUUUAGAAAUUCUAAACUUUUCUGCUACCCAAAAAUCCGAGUUUGACAGCCACGCAGCAGGUGGCAAAGUUCACCCCCUAAACUUUACACUCGCAGAUAGUCGCUUUUCUAAUGGGAGGAGAAAGAUAAGCAACCUCCCAGUCUGCCCGGUCCAACCAAUCAUAAUCUGAAGUCCUUUGCUCGAAUUUUGCUUGAUGAGAGGACUCUCUGAAAUUUACAUUCACCGGAGGUACACGUGUUCUGAUCCCCGUAUCUACACUCUGUGGUGACUAUUAACGUGUGUGUUUUAGUAAACAGUAAGGAAGCUACAUCCACUAAACUGUGAAGUGAGUCACUACGGUGCAGUUACCAUUUAUAUAGUACUUACUGAAUAAAAACUUAAAACAGUUAAUUGGUGUUGAGUGUGACUUUUCUAUGCCUAAUGCCCCACUAAUCACCCAAGUCGUGGCCAGUCAACACGGCCUGAGAGGAGUCGAAUUUCUGUACCGGAGCUAGUAGAACGGUUGCAGAGGAUAAGAUAAGAAGGGCCUGUAGGAGGAGGCAUGGGGUAAAAGGGGAGCGCAUAUAGGAUUUGUUAGGAAGGCCAAAAGGGAAGAGACCACUAGGAAUAUCUCGACAUAUGUGGGAGGUUAAUAUAACCCCAGUUUUAGGAUCUGGAGUCAGGCAGGACUAGAAAAACCUAUUACAAACUCAGUUAUUCAUUAGAAAUAGCUUUAAUUAGCUCAACUUAAUGAGAACAAUAAUUGAGAACACCUUGAUUAUUCAUUAGAAAAAGCUUUAAUUAGCUGAACUUAAUGAAAACAAUAAUUAAGGAAGAUUUUCAUUUGAAAAUCAAAAUCUCAUACACGUCAGUGUAUGAAAAGAAGCACCGCUAUUUAAAGAGGUGAAAACCUUAAAAUUUUAUGUGGCAUACGCCGAACGCAUAAAUCUAAAUAGCAAAGCUUCCUUGACUUAGGUCAACAAAAAUAAAUCAUUACGGCUCGGGACAACGUUACCAAAGAUGGAUAGUACACUAGACGAAAGCAUUUUCGGAUGCGAUGUGCAAGUCGAAAGUAUCAUCAUGAACAAAUCUGAUCAAGAAAUUGAGAACUCAGAUUAUGAUGAAGACUAUGCCGAACGUAUAGCGUAUUAUAAACGUCAAAUGGCUUACGUUACUGUUAAACCCGUCGAGCGGCUAAUUGUGGAAGAAGAGGCACAGAUGGAAGAAGUAUUAAUGAAUACUGUCUUGUUAGAAGUAGGAUCAGCUGUAGCUGAGGCAAUGCAUUCAGAACCUCAACUCGGUCAUGUACUACCAAUUACUAAUAAGAUAGAAUCAUUUGAGCAUACUUAUUUGUCCUCAAAAGAUUUCCGUAAUAAGAUCCACUCCGUGGUUUACACCAAAGACGGAUAUGUGCAAGGAGUAAUGCAACCAAAUUUGAUAUUGAAUGAUAGGAACAAAGACUCAAGAGACGAGUUACUUAUGAGAUCAAAUAAACAUGAUAUUCAUACUGCAACUAAAAGCGUCAUGGUCAAAAGUGUUCAAAUGUCAAAAUUUAAUAUUGAAAAGGAUUGCAAAUUCCCAAUUAAUGCACAAAACUAUCCGAAUAUAAUUGAAACAAUUGAAAGCAGUUUAAACUGUUUUGAAAAGUUUCAAUUUAGGGCUUCAUUCUCCAAUGUGUCUUUCAUUAGGCAAAGAGAAAUAGAGCCUCAAAAUCCAAUCGUUACAAGAAUGCUUAGCGCAGAAGCGAUUGAAAACCUCAAACAUCAGAGGUUUAGAAAAUGUAUUUGUCAAACACAAUUGUACAAACAUUUGGACAAAUACAAAAGAUUUGGCUCCAUGAUGAGGUUAUUGUAUAAUAAUAUGCUAACCUUUAACAAGAGUCAGAUUUAUCACACAGCUUUGCAGUGUGAAAUUAAAGAAGCAAAGUCAACACAAUGCGCUGUCAGAAAAGUGCGUCUACUAUAUGACGACUAUGGUCGCAAAACAAUAGAAGACGGAACCCACUUUCUAAGACAGAAUGUUGACAUAUUCUUUCGAGAAAGCUUCUAAACAAAACCGCAAUAUAAACCAAAAGCGUUGGAGCGGACCAAAGCAAAAUAAAACCGCAAUAUAAACCAUUGUAUUGGAGCGGACUAAAACAAAAUCUGUAAAUUAUACUUGUAACAAAAUAGUAACUUAUUAUUUAAAUUAAAUAAUGUUAUUAUGGUUGUGGGUUAAUUUAAUUGGUUUUAAUUACCCCCUCGUUGGUGUCUCCACCUUAUCGUGGUGAGGGGGUUUGAGUAUGCCAAGGAC